AUGCCCACCUACAUCCACCUCGUCCGCCACGCUCAGGGCUUCCACAACCUCUGCGCCGCCAAUCACUCCCUCCCCGACCCCGACCUCACCCCCCUCGGCAACACCCAGUGCGCCACCCUCGCCCAAUCUUUCCCCUUCCAAUCCCAAAUCACCCACCUCGUCGCCUCCCCGCUCCGCCGCACCAUCUACACCUGCCUGCUCUCCUUCGCACCCGCCCUCCAGCAACAACAACAAAACACCACCACUUCCCAGGACGGAGAAGAAAAGAAGAACCCCCUCGUCGUGAUCGCCCUCCCCGAGCUCCAAGAAGUCUCACCCCUCCCCUGCGACACGGGCUCCGACAUCGCGGCGCUGACCGCCGAGUUCGGCCCGCGCGGCGACGUCGACCUGGCGCUGGUGCGCGCUGUGGCCGCCGAGUGGACGGUAAAGACGGGGGAGAGCCGCUUCGCGCCGGUGAUGGAGCGGCUGGAGGCGCGGGCGCGCGCCGCGAGGGUGUGGUUAAGGGAGUUGGGGGCGAGGUUCGAGAGGGAGAAUCCUGGCGUGGAUGCGCAUGUGGGUGUGGUGACGCAUGGGGGGUUUUUGCAUUUUUUGACGCAGGAUUGGGAUGGCAUGAAUCCGCAGGCGGGGACGGGAUGGGCGAAUACGGAGUGGAGGAGUUAUGAGUUUGUGGAGGGGGUGGGGAGUGCGGAUGGGGAGGCUAGGUUGAGGGAGACGGGGGAGAGUUGGAGGAGGAGGAGGGGCAGUGCUACGGGGUUGACGGAGACGGAGCAGAUGGAGUUGAGGGUUGCGGUGGAGGGGCAGUUGGUGGAGGAGUGGGGGGUUGAUGGGGGGAAGGUGUAA